UGAGAGCCCGCGGCGCCCGUGGGCCCUGCUGGCGCCGGCGCUCAGCAUCCAGCAAGAGCAGAGAAGACAGCAAAGUACCUAAGAUGUGAAAAGUCCUCUCUUAUCAAAAGGAAGCUUUGUUUUCAAAAUGGACCGAAGUAAGAGGAAUUCAAUAGCAGGAUUUCCACCACGCUUGGAGCGCACUGAAGACUUUGAUGGGGGCAGUGGAGGUGAUGGGACUGCAUCCCAGAUAGGAAGAGUUUGGACCUCUUCAUACAAAGCCCUGAUAAGUGCCUUUUCCAGACUUACCCGCCUUGAUGAUUUCACCUGUGAGAAAAUUGGCUCUGGUUUCUUCUCUGAGGUGUUCAAGGUGAGACACAGGACUUCAGACCAGGUAAUGGCUUUGAAGAUGAACACCCUGAAUAGCAACAGAGCAAACAUGCUGAAAGAGGUUCAGCUUAUGAAUAGACUCUCACAUCCAAACAUCUUAAGGUUUAUGGGUGUCUGUGUGCAUCAAGGACAGCUGCACGCACUUACUGAGUACAUCAACUACGGUAACCUGGAACAGCUAUUAGAUAGUAACCAGCAUCUACCCUGGACAGUGAGGGUGAAAUUGGCAUAUGACAUUGCUAUGGGAAUUGGUUAUCUUCACUACAAAGGCAUUUUCCACCGGGACCUUACAUCCAAGAACUGCUUAAUAAAACAUGAUGAGAAUGGAUACUCAGCAAUAGUGGGGGACUUUGGUUUGGCAGAGAAGAUUCCUGAUCACAGUGAGAAGUUACCAGUGGUGGGUUCACCAUUCUGGAUGGCACCAGAAGUUCUCAGAGACGAACCUUACAAUGAAAAGGCGGAUGUGUUUUCUUAUGGCAUAAUUCUCUGUGAGAUUAUAGCAAGAAUACAAGCAGAUCCAGACUAUCUCCCUCGAACAGAAAAUUUUGGAUUAGAUUAUGAUGCCUUCCAGCACAUGGUGGGAGACUGUCCCCCUGACUUCCUCCAGCUGGCCUUCAACUGCUGUAAUAUGGAUCCAAAGUUGCGUCCUUCAUUUGCUGAUAUUGUCAAAACACUGGAGGAGAUUUUAAACCGUCUGAAAAAUGAGGAAUCGGAGAGAGAGAGAAAAAUUUUCAAUCUUGACAACAGUGAAAGAAAGCCUAAAGGGUCAAUCGAGAAAGGACCAGGAGUAAAACGAUUGAGUUCCCUGGAUGAUAAGAUUCCACCCAAGUCACCACGCCCACGUCGGAAUAUCUGGUUGUCACGCAGCCAGUCAGAUAUCUUCUCCCGCAAGCCUUCUAGGAAGAUAAACGUGCAAGACCCCUACUAUACACCAAACAAGGGCUUAGGCCGGAAAGUUAAUCCCUUCAAUGCCAGGGAGGACCUCAAGGGGGGAAAGAUCAAAUUUUUUGACAUGCCAAGCAAGUCUGUGAUCUCCCUUGUGUUUGACUUGCAUUCUCCAGAGGCAGGUGGUGGCCUGAAAGCUAGCCAGUCCCAAUUCAGGCAGGCAUAUAGCACAGACUGGCAGGAUUUUUCCCUCCUCCCGGGCAGGAGAUGCAGAUCACUUCCAGUCUCUCCUGAAUUGCCGCAUAAAGAGUAUGGCCUGUUUGGAGGACUGUCUUCCACUGUCAGCAGAUCUGAUGCAACCCAACUAGGUGCAGAGGUUCGGCAAAAACUCCUUAGUAGCAGUAAAUAUGGUGUGUCAGAGAUUCCCCCCUUUCAAGCCAAGCUGCACAGAGCAGAAUUUCUUCCUGUACCAGGACAAGAGGAGGAUAUGGACUGUUCAGAUGGGCCAGUGUCCCAGGAGGAAAAUGGAUUUUAUCCUGUGGAGAACACGUGUGAGGAUCCAGCAUCUAGUCAGUCUUCAGCACUGGCUCAGCCUGAGCCACUAUCUUCCAAAAGGCUCCCCACUGAGAAUUCAGUGAACUCUGAGGGAUGUGGCUCCUUGCAGGUGUUUGCAGAUUGUCCCCCUUCUGAAGAGAUGGAGGUGGAAGAUGACCUACAGAAAAAUAUGCUGCUGGAGUGUGCAAAGCCUCUGUUCAGUGUUAGCCCUUCCAGGGAGCUGAGGAGAGAGGCACGGCCAUUUGAUGAGAAGGAUGGGGACGGCACUGCCCCGUUGGCUUUGACGUCCUCCAAUGUCUCAGCAAGUGGCAGCACACAGUCCACUUGUGACAUUUGAAGAGAAUGCUCAAACAGGACAUGUCCUUGGGGGAACAGGUGUUCCCAGUCACUUUGACUCUGUUUUUUCUAUAGUACUGGGUCUCACGUGUUUGAAAGAGACUCGGCAGAUUGUAGAAAUGGGCCGUCAAACAGACGGCUGCAGACAGCAUUGGGAGAGCCAGGUUCUUUUAACUUUAUUUCAAGUUGUGCUUAUCCCCUUCCCUGAUUUGUGUUAGGAGGGAGAACUACUCCAGCCAGAAUGUCUGUGUGAAGCCCCAUAGUUACUUCCAAGCAGUAGUACCCACAGCUUGGGUGCUAUGUUAAGCAGUUUGACCUGGAUUUUGGCAUGGAAGGUUUCAGGGCCUUAAGCUCCAGGUUGGUGAGAAAGAGACCCUUAGGUUUUUCCUCCUCCUCUGACUUAUCAGCUGCUUUAAACCACUGCAGCUUUUGUGUUAAUAUUCUGCAAGCAGUGUGCAUGAAUCAGAGCUUCCAUUUUAGAAAUGGGCAUAGAGAUCUUUCAGAGCUGUGUUGAGCAGAUAGGAAUGCUUUUUGGUUCCAGAGUGUCUGUGAACACUGCUGCUGCUGCAUCAAACAAGCUCUUGUUUCAAAAGUAGCAAAAACAACUCCCCUCCUGCUGGUAGCAGUCUGCAGGCUCAGUCACGUGGCAAGUACUUCCUGAUUAACAAAAAGAAUCUUGUUCCCUGGCAUUUCAUUUUUCCAUGGGAUUUGGCUACUUGAUGCGUAAUAUGUUAGCAUAGGGAAACAGGAUGCAGUAAGUACCGCUCACUUCCUUGCCCAGGUCUCCAUGCAUCUCAGCCAGCUGUGGAGGAAGAUUUGCCCAGGACACAAGAGGCAGCCAUAUGCGAGGCGUUGUCUUUCCUGGGCUUCUUGGGAAAUGGCCAGUGAAAGUACAAUUGUACUGAGCUCUUUGGGGGAUGUGGCCACUUUUCUCUAAAGAGCUGAAUGGACACCACAGGCUAUUUCUGCAGAAUACCUAAUUGACUACAUCUGGGUCAUAGUUGGCCAUUAUCACUAAGCUAGAAGGAUCAUGUUCUCCUCUCUCUCUGAUAGAACAUCCCAUCUCAUUGAUGCCACUGCAGUAAUGAUGGGUCCUUAUGUAAAACCAGGCUGCCUGCCUGAGGAAUCCCCUCAUCAGGUGAAGCUGCCAGCAGUGUUUCAGCCAUGUGAGUGCUUUGGGAGGAAGGACAGUAGACUUGCAGAAGGGGGGGGGGAUUGGCUCAUCAAACCGAAGAAAAUUAAUUAAUCUCCCUGAACUAUUUUUUCCCCAUUUGAGAUGUUGUCAUCUUUGAUUUCUCCUGUCACUGAUGGCUGUGAACAUGAUGAUUCUUUUUUUUUUUUUUUUUUCUCCACCAGCAGGUAUAUGUGAAAGGGGCAGUGGCAUAUGGCUGCUUGCUGGAAACAGCAUCAGAGAUCCUUGCUCUGGUCCUACUGCGAUUUUCAGGAAAAGUUGUAUGAUAUUUGUGCAGCUUUCUGCCUCUUUCCACUGUCAUUUUUAUUUCGUUUGUUCAUUCGUUCUCUCUCUCUUUCCUUUUUAAUCUAUAUUAUCAUUCCUAACGGAGGUAGGCAUUGUAUGCCUGGUGAGCAGAAAGGUGGUGAUGCAGUGGGCUCUGGAGUCCAGAGUUUCACGCAGGUUGCCGGUUACACUCUUACUGCACUCUUGUGAAGAGGGAAAAUGUAAGCUAGUGUGCCCUGAUGGAAGCAAGACUGUUUUUCCUUUUCUCGUCUCACAGGAAGGAGGAUGGAGAAAGCCUUAUGUUCUUUUUUGGCUGAGAUGCUGAGCUUUUUGGGGGCAUAGGUAACUAUUUUGGGAGUUACAAGACCUCCUCUUGUGAAAUAUGCCUGAAACUGAGCAGCAGUGCUACCUCUUUGCAGUGGCUGCAAAGAAUUGAAUGAGAAACCCAGUGUCCUUAAACUGCUUAGUACAAUCUUUGCCAAAUUAGGCCACUCUGCAAUUUUAAAGUAAAAAUGUCCAUCCUUACCGAGAUAUCUCUUUGGCCCCCACCUCUUCGCCUCUCAAAGGUGCUAUCUGUAGAGUAGUCUGUCCUGUGUAUCCUGUCUGCUGUUUUGGUGUCUCCAGAGUGCAAAGCAGCUUGUAUGGCUGGUGGUGUGUCCACGUAAUUUUCUUGAGGACAAGAAAAGUAAGAAGAAGUGGUAAGAACGCCAAUGCCAGCUACUUGUCUGCCUGGUGCCUGCUUUUUUCUUGCUUUUUUCCCUUUUUCUUUCCACAAUUCUAACCUUUCAGGAGGGAAAACAUCAGCACCAGCUUCUGUUGUCACAAGAUGCACUUAAUUGUGUGACUUCAGACAAACAAGCAAUAAUAAGUUUACUUCUGGAUCUGGAUCUGGAUCACCAGGCUGCAAGGAAGCUGUCCAGUAUCCUACAGUUGCAUGUAGCCUCAACAGAGCAAACAUAUGUGCCUCUGGGUGUGCUGUAGCUUGCGUUAGCCCUGAUAGUCCAUGCUGACAUCUUCUCGUGAAGUCUGUUGUCCUGGAAGCUCUGAGCUCUCCUAGCUGCAAGGCUGUGCAGUCGGGCUUGAGGUAGAGCAACCAUCGUGGUGACAUCAUCUGUUCUUGUUUUCUUGCACAGCUGUCUCAAAAAUAUUUCCCUGUCCUAAGCAGCUCUCUUAUAAAGCAGCAUGGGUAGAUUUUUAUUUUCUUAAAAAUCCACUUUUUAAGCACAGCCAGCUGAUAUGCCUGGGGCACAUCUGUCAACUUUUCUAGUUCCUUACACUUAGGUGGAGAUGUCAGAAAGAAAUGCCAAAGAAUAAUGGCUCAGCCCUUUCCUGGAUUUCCUGGUCUGUAUGGGAGAAGAGGCAUGUGUAUAAAACUGGAGUAAAAGGCCAUCUUACAAACAGCUGAAUGCUUGUUAAAACCCAGCGUCUCCAAGGGCCUGGAGGCAGUUGGCACUCACUGUGCCUCAUCCCUUAGGUUACGUAAAGCUGAAUUGAAACCUAGUAAAUGCUUCUAGGUUUUUUUCCGAUUUGAGGGUGCUUCUCUACUGGGGGCCAUUUUCUGACAGCUGCUGAUGAAUACGAACAGUGAUCCAUGUGGUCAGCAAACUCCUUGUUUUAUAGUGAUGUGACAAAGUUUUAUUGUGAAUGGAUUUUAUCAUGGUUUUCAACUUUCUUACAGAAGCAAUUCUUGCUCUUUUAAAAGACUUUGUACACAUUGGUAGGUUCCCUGAAGAGAUCUAAGAUGUUUUUAAUUCACUUUAAAUCUUCCUAUGUUGAGUUCAUUUAAAUGUUUGUUAUAAGCUAUUUUCUGUUGUGGUUGCAGGUGGAUAAAGUGCAACUAAGAGAAUGCAUGUGAAUUGCUGCCCCUCAAAAGCAGUGCUGCAAGACAAGGGGGUUAGUAGACUUGUAUUUGUUGGAAAGGUGUUGAUGUAGUAUGUGUAACAGAACAUUGGUAUCUUUUGCCAGUACGACUAAAGACACUUGAAUAAUUCCUGUUUGCACUUAAUGCUAUUGUUUAUAUUGCAUGUCACUACAUUUCUAUGCAAAACAAUUAACCUUUUUUGGGAGGAGGGGCAGCCAGAUAUUUGAUUAAGUUUAAAGACCUUUGCAAGAUGAUCUAUUUUCGUAUUUAUGAAGGAGUUUUACGUCUUAAUAUUUUGCAGACUGUAAAUAGCUCAACUUGUAAUUAAAGGCUUAGGAGGAAGUUGGUAGCCUGUGUAUAAUAGUAAGUUAACACUGCCAGAAAAAAAAAUCUUUGCAAAACAACUUUUCUAAUAUUGUGGAUAUUUAUGAAUAUGUAAAGAAAGCACGUCUUGUUUUUAUGUUGAUUGACCUUCUGACUUUUUUUGAGCUAUAGAAAUGGUGUAUGUUUUAUUGGAACUGCAAUAAGAAGUAACCAAAGAUGAAUCCAGUUAAAUAUUUUCAUAAUUUUUUCUUGGUCAGGUUUUGUAAACUUUCCCAACUUGCUUUCAAAAUAAAAAUAAAAUCAAGCACUGUGUAUUGUGAUUAAGAGGACAAUUCUAGGUUAAACAAAGCUGAUUCAAGUGCUUACUUAAG